UUCAGUAAAAGCAGACACGACGACAACAACAACAAAGUCACCAGAUUCUACGCCAACCCCCAACCCUUCAGUAACAGCAGACACGACGACAACAACAACAAAGUCACCAGAUUCUACGCCAACCCCCAACCCUUCAGUAACAGCAGACACGACGACAACAACAACAAAGUCACCAGAUUCUACGCCAACCCCCAACCCUUCAGUAACAGCAGACACGACGACAACAACAACAAAGUCACCAGAUUCUACGCCAACCCCCAACCCUUCAGUAACAGCAGACACGACGACAACAACAACAAAGUCACCAGAUUCUACGCCAACCCCCAACCCUUCAGUAACAGCAGACACGACGACAACAACAACAAAGUCACCAGAUUCUACGCCAACCCCCAACCCUUCAGUAACAGCAGACACGACGACAACAACAACAAAGUCACCAGACUCUACAGCAACCACCAACCCUCCAGUAACAACAGACACGGCAAUAACAACAGAGCCACCAGGUCCUUGUACCACAAACCCAUGUGGGGUGGGUAGCACCUGCCAGAGGCUUUAUAAUGGCUCCAUCUGUUUAUGUGAACCAGGCCAAUCCUACUCUUUCAACGAGAAACGUUGUGAAGGAGCCAAGGUUUUCCCUGGAUUUCUGGUCCUGUCAGAUGCCUUCGUGGAAGAGAUGGAGGAUAAGAUAUCAAAGGUGUUCCAAGAGACAGCUGAAGAAAUAACAAAUGCGAUGAAAAAGAUUUUGGGUAGCACUGGCGAUAACUACCUCCAGUCCACAGUGUUGGAACUCAGGAAAGCUGAUGUCAAGACAUUUCGGUCAGGUGAUUCAAAGAUUAAUGCCACCGUGGAGAACCUAUACAACGCCAGAGUCAACAUCAGUGAAGCCGGUGUCACAAAGAAGAUAGAAGAUGCCCUCCUCAGCUGUCAAAACGGGAGCUGUAUUGACAAUGUGUUGGUAAAUGCCAUUUACACAGGCAGUAACCUUUGUUCCCUGAAGGUGUGCCACAUGGAAUCAACAUUGUGUAAGGCAGCUGAUGGGGUCUUCGAGUGUCAAUGCAAUACGGGUUACAUAAACACCGGACAUAGCAACAGAAUAUGCACAGCUUGUCCUAGUGGCGAAAAGGCUAAUGAGGAUAAUGGUUGUGACAAAUGUUCAUUUGGUCUGUCUGGAUUUAAUUGCAAUGAGAGAUGGCAGUUAACUCUGGUGAUUGUUGGAUCUGUGCUCGGGGGUGUGCUGCUCAUCACUCUCAUUGUUCUGUCUACAAUGGCAUUCAAACCGUCAAAGGAGAAGUCUGAAAACAACAUCUAUGAAAGCUCCUAUCCUACCAAAGCUCCUGCUACUAAUGUGGGCAUGACCACUUUCCAAGCUAAUGCUAACACAAGGGUACCGCAAAUUCCUAGAGCCAAGGCUAACAAUAGCUGGAAUCAUGGUAGCAACCUGGAGAUGACGGAGAGUGGCAGCCGACAUGCUUUGAUCAAGGACAAAGUGAGGAAUAUGAACCUGGACCCAGAUGAGAUGAGGAACCCUUACAACAGGAAUCCAUACAACCAGAAUCAGGGCAAGCCCAAUCUUUACUACAUGCAUGACAAUGCAUAACUAGGAGCCAAGGCCCGAGAAUACAUAAACAUGCACAUUGAUUUUGUGAUUAAACUAAAAUUCACUUUGUAUUCUAUUGUAUUGGAAUUUCCCUUUUCUUAUAUAAAGUGCAUAUCUUAAUGACUGAACAUGAGAUGGUGUUUGACAUGUGAACCAAGUACAACUCAUGCUUGGUAAACCUGGCAUAUUACAGCAGUUUUAGUGCAUCAGCUUGCUGGUGCAGAGUUAAGCUGCACUUCAUAACAGUAACAAUUGAAGUCCGGCCUAUGUGGUGGAAUUGACUGGUGAUGCUGAUGCUGAUUGGUGUGCUGACUAUAAAUACUCAGUUUGCAUUGUUAUACCUGGUAGAAAUGUAAAAGGAAACAUCAAUAGGGACCUGGUCCCUUGUUUACUUAUUUCAAUCAUCAAAUCAAUGGCGUGACCUCUAAUGCUUGUGGGCAAAUAUUGCUAAAUGUAUCUGUCAGUAGCGUAGAACCAUAGAACAAAAAAUAAAAUAAAAAUGCAUUAAUA